UAUGAAAUGGACAUUACCCGUCGAGUCCUGAGAGGGAGGUGUAUUAAAUAUCUGAACGUUAUAUUUUUCGUGUUCAUUUCUCGUACAUUUUAUACAUUACUAUAAACGUAAUUUGUUAAGAAAUACGUUAUUUUUAAAUCGAUUUAUUUAUGUUAUGUCAGAGAAACCUGUCUUGCGAACUUAACUGACGUAAAAGUAAGCGAAGACAGUGAAAGUCUGAAGAAGGAUCAUUACAACAUUAAAGUCACUCCAAACUGCUUCUGCGAGAGUUUAAAUGCUAAACCUUUCGACAUAAACAUGUUUAAAAGAAAAACUGCAUGGUUUUCCGACAGUGUUGAAAAAGGAGUGAUCAACUUCUGGGUUUCAGAAGGGGGCGACAUUUCAUCUUGGAAAACAGCUGGUUACCUCUUCAGUGACAAUGCCUCAUCUGAAGACACUAAAAGGAUAUAUGGCAGUGAGGACUAUGUAAAGAACAGGGCAACAGUUUUCCACAGUAGUUUUUUGUCUGCAUGUCAACCUCGCCAGAGUGUUACAUCUGUGCCCAUUGGCCACUAUGUUUUGCCCCCAGACUCUGUCCAGAACGAAAUGAGAGCGAUAAUUGGAAGGUUCAUUUGGGAAAAGGAUGAACAGGAGAUGUGCGAAGAACAAAUGAAUCCAGAAGUGUCUAAAGACAUACUGUCUGGUGAGACUGAAGAUCAUCCAGUGAGGGAGAGGUGCAGCCAGGAUGAUUACCAGACUGUUGCAUCACAGAACAAAGUAUGUUCAUGUUGUGAGAUGCGGCAAUAUCCUGUAAACAACAUGAUCUCAGGAUAUGUUCAUAUCGAUCAAAUGAAGAAGUAUUCAGGAGAACUUAAGGAUUUUCUUCCGUCCCUCCAUGGCCAUGAUGUUUCAAGAUCUAAUGAUCUGACUCCUCCUUUUUAUCGCAAAGCAGUGUAAUACAACAUGCCCAUUCCAUUGGAUGUUGGAUUUCAGUUUCUGCUCAUCCAAUAUACAGUAAAUCUGCUUGUUCAGGUUGUCACACUUUCCCAAGUAAUAUGAAAUCCAAUCCCUGUAUUUGAAGAGAGUUGAUUUAACAGGUUACGGAGAAUAGUAAUUGUAAUAUAAUUAAAA